AUGUUGGGCAAGAUUCUUCCAGCCGUGGCCCUCGGCGGCGUCGCCCUCCUUUGGCCGGAGCUGUCAUGGCGCGUCGGUACCCUCCAGCUCGUCACCGCGGACGUCGCGUCCCUGAAGCACACGACCACCUUUAAGGAGCAGCAGAUAAAGCACCAGGAUAUCCUCAAGAACUGCGAGGAUGUCGUCGUGCUGGAGGACCAGGGUGUCGCCAUCCUGAGCUGUGACCCGCAGCGCGAUGCGUGGAAUACCGUCAUGGGCACCUUCCUCGACCCUACGCAACCGGGCGCCAUCUUCCAAUGGUUCUACAGCAACCCCGACUCGUACCCGCAGCCGCUCGCGCUCGAGAACUUCGGCUCGCGCGGCUCAGUCGACUUCCACCCGCUGGGCAUCGAGUACCACGAAGAAUCGGCAACGCUCUUCGUCACAAACCACGCCUCAUCCGGCCCCACGAUCGAAAUCUUCGACUACGUGCCCUGGGGCGGAUUCGGGCGGGCAUCAGCCACGCACCGGGCGAGCGUGUCGCACCCUGCGCUCUGGACGCCCAACAGCAUCCACGCCCUCAACGCGACCAGCUUCCUCGUCACCAACGACCACCGCGUCCGCGCGCGCGACCACUUCAUCCUGAACAAGCUGGAGACGUACGGCGCGCUGCCAGGCGGCAGCGUCGUGCAAGUCACGCUGCCCUCGACGCUCCCCCCGCGCGACGACGGCGACGACGGCCCGCUCGCCCUCGACCCGGCCGCCAUCGCCGUCACCCAAGUCGCGGCCAACAUCCCCUUCGCCAACGGCGUCGCCGUCCUCGACGCCGGCCGCACCCUCGCCGUCGCCUCGACCAACGGCCGCGCCGUCCGCCUGUACAACAUCACGUCCUCCACCACCGCCGACGAUGGCACCGACGGCACCAUCUCCCUCGCGUUCAAGGACAAGAUCUUCGCCCCGGCCAUGCUCGACAACCUCUCGGUCGACUCGCGCGGCCGCCUCCUCGCCGCCGGGCACCCCCGCCCCGGCGCCCUCACCGCCACCGUCGCCUUCCGCGCCGACUGCCUCUCUCUGCGCGCCAAGGCGCACGCCAUCGCGUUGGCCGCCGAGCAGGAGGUCGAGAGGAAGCUCGGCGAGGACAACGUCGUGCAGCAGGACCCGAUGCUGAUGUCGGACCAGGAAGACGUGGCCGCGGCGGUCGAGAAGAAGACGGUCGAGGUGGUCAUGACGGAGGAGGAGAAGGGCCGGCUGGAGCGGUGCGUGGGAGGGUUCGACGCGACGUCGCCGAGUUGGGUGGGCGAGCUGCUGGUCGACGAGCGGACGGGCGAGGCGACGGGCGAGUGGAAGGAGUUGUAUGUGGGGUCGGAGUUUGGGUCGAGCUGUACGGCGGCGAGGGAUUUGAAGGAGGGGGUUGUGUUGGUUGUGGGGUUGUAUGAGAAGGGCGUGCUUGUUGCUAAGGAGUAG